AUGCCACUAUGCACUCUUUGCAAUAGUAUCACCCUAUCUGCUCGCCAGUACAAGCAUCAGCCCUCCUUCGCGGAGUUGUCCAAGUCAGCAGCGCAGUGCGAUUUAUGUAAGCUGAUGAAGGAUGUUCUUGAAGCAUCUGGAUGCCACAAGGCUGCUGAGGAGUACCGCGACCAUAGGGAUGGGAAGUGGGAAUUAGUCAACGAUACCAAGAUUACCACCAGUGUCAACACGCACGACAACGAGGCAGAUGAAGCAUCUCUACCGCCAUAUCAACUGUUCGUGACGUGCGGGCCGCUUACUCGUGGAAAUCGUUUCAACAAGGAUGCGUAUUCCGGCGCUCUGGGAUAUCGUCUCAAGGUGUAUGUGGAGCAAGGUAGCGCCGCGGCUGAGCACAUUCCUACACGCCCCUUGGCGGCAUGCGUCAACUCAGAGUCAACUUACCGCAUGAUCCGAGAGUGGAUUUUAGCCUGUGUUAGCACUCAUGAUGUUUGCCAGCGCGCCUUGCGGCAUGGUUCUCCACCAACAAAGCCACCGGAAGCCGCUAUGGUGACUUCAGAGACACAGGCACCACUUCCUAGCCGACUUAUCGAAGUUCUCAAAGAAUCUGAAGAUGGCAUAUUGCAGCUCCGUCUCCGUGACACUCGGGGGCUCACAGGCUGCUAUGCGGCUCUCAGCCACUGCUGGGGCAGUACUCAUCAUCUUUCGACGAGCAUAUCAUCCUUGAAGGAACGCCUAACCAACAUUGACUUCACCAAAUUGCCGAAAACAUUUCAAGAUGCUGUUACUGUCACAAGCCGUGUGGGAAUGAAAUAUUUGUGGAUUGACUCCCUAUGCAUCAUUCAAGAUAGCAAAGAAGAUUGGGAAGGGGAAUCAGCGCUUAUGGGACAGGUUUACCACAACGCCUACCUGACAAUAGCUGCAGCCGCAUCGCCAAAUGGAGAUGGGGGUUGCUUUCAUUCGCGUGAUCUGCGAGAUUCUCACGCGGUCACAUUGCCCUUCAAUAAUGAAGAUGGCAGUCCUGCAGGGUGUUGCAGCGAGCUUGAACGCUACAGGAGAGAUACUUGUCGCGUCGGAUCCUUCAUUUCGCCACGGAUCAACUUUAUUUUGAGUGCAAAUAUUCUUUUGAAAUUCGAAAACGGCCGAGCGGAAAAGGUGCACUAUAAUUCAGUCACCUUUGAAAACCAAGAGCUGUUACCGCUAUAUAGAAACCCGCAUCUAGCACAGAUCCCGGGAACUCGCGAGUUCAUUGUUACCAGGCUGUGGAUGAUGCUCGUGGCGAACUACACCAGCCGAAAACUGACGUUUGGGAACGACAAGCUUCCUGCAAUAUCGGGCUUGGCUAGUCAUAUGGCACAGCUCAUUCCAGACAAAUACUUCGCUGGUAUCUGGCAAGGUACCCUCUUCCAACACUGGCAGCUUUUAUGGAGGGUGCCACCGUAUCGAGACAGCCGCGUUGGUGGACGCACUGCUGCGUGUGCUGGGCGUGCUCCGUCUUGGUCAUGGGCUUCUGUAGAUGGGCCUGUCCUCUUCGCACACGCAUGGACGAGUGAGCUCGAGCCAGGUCAUGGGAGUGGCGCCACGGAUGACAUGGAAAUGAAAGUCGAGUUAGUUGGCAGCGAUUCGUACGGACGGAUGGCAAGGUGGGCUUGUCGAAAAUGCCAUUACAAAAAGCCUUACCGGGCACUAGAAGGAUAUGACAUUGUGCAAGCUCAGGAGCUGGAUGUCUUCGGUGCUGCGGCCUUCGAUGAGGUGUUGGAGAGCAAUGAUGGCCUCCAAGCGCUCCUGUUUCUACAACAAACCGGUGUGGAAGAGAUGAAGAAAGAGGGUCAUGUCAACAGUUUUUUCGUGUUGUUUCUUCUUCCGACUGGGACCAACAACAACGACGGUAGUCACGGUACGUAUAGACGGAUUGGCAUGGGCCAUUUGGUCAUGAGUCGGCUCCUCGGCUGGAGUCGGGACGAUAAGAGGAGAAUCACGAUUGUUUAG